AUGCUCGUCCCCUUCUAUUGUGGACUCCGAUUAGCUACCGGAACUAGCUAUGAAGAGAUUGAACAGUUCGAUUUCCCCGACCGGCAAAGGUUGGACCUUGCUUUCGAUACAUUCUUCACUCAUAUUUAUCCCAUUCCUGGAUAUUCAUUCCUCCAUCGUGCAUCUUUGUAUGAUCGAUUGGAUCGAGGGAAUGUCGAUAACUGCCUUCUACUCUCAAUCACCGCUAUAUCAAUACUUUUGACGGACACAGAUCCAGUAAACAGAGGGUAUGCGGUACAAUGUCUCACCAAGGCGGAGGAAGAGGUUAUGAGUCACUUAGGUCAACCGUCAAUUCUUAGAAUGCAGGCCCUCCUCUUGGUGAUUCGUUGCAAGAUGUGCAUCGGGGAAUACCCCUUGGCGUUUUCUCAGGUCGCCAUGCUGUCCCGGAUGGCAUUCUCCCUCCGUCUCAAUUAUCAAAGUGCAGGGUCUUCCUUCUUGGCUGUCGAGGCUCGGAGGCGAUUGAUGUGGGCUAUCUAUAUGCUCGAUACGAGCUGGGCAGGUGGACUAUUGGAAUUCACCACCUGCCCCGUGGAUGCAGUUUAUAUUGGUUUGCCGUGUAGAGAGGAUGCAUUUGAGCUGGACAUUCGUUCGUCGCGGGAAGUGCAACUACAUUCGCUAUCGGAAAUCCCAGGACUGUUAGCUGCUGAUAUCUGUGUUGCAUACUUACGAGAUCAAAUCCUGAGAAGCACCAAGCGUUUCGCGGCAGGCUCCUGUACACCCAGCCAGAUCUUGCACGGCAUCCAUGAGCGUGAAAAUCAACUUCAAGCAUUUUAUCGCCGUCUCCCCCUUUCGAACACGUACUCGAAGCGAAACCUUCGGCUCCGGGCCCAUUCUCCGUGGCUGUGUCGCUUCAUUUUUCUUCAUCUUCUAUGGCACCAGUGCCAUUGUGAUCUAUACAGGUGUCUUACACCUGGCCUAGUGGAGUCUAUUCCAGGUGCCACGCUUGAGCAACUAAAUGGCACAUUUCUUCUCCAGUGUCGGGAUCGUUGCGGUUUUCAUGCUGAAAAGGUGGCGGAAAUUAUCACCUCACUUCUUCAGCUCGGUGUAAAACUACCCGUCUUGCCGAUGGAAAUCGCUGUCUGGGCUUAUCAGUGUAUCCGGCUGUUGAUACACACAGGCUAUGAACCCUCCCGGGAGAAGCUUGUCGCAUAUGCGAACUCGUGCUUCGAGAUAGUUAGGAUUGUUUCACAGACGUCGAUUGCGGGAUCCGAUCUUAAAUCUUUACUCGAAGAAUCUGAGACUUCAAAACCAGCAUCAAAGCAAACGGAGCUAGAUGGAGGAAUGGGAUCUGUGACCGCGCCAAGACAGAUUCUGUCCAUCCAUAGUCUCAUCACCCGGUCUGGAUUUGGUGAGGAGUCCGAAGAGGCUCUAUUAGAUUGCCACCCUGCUGCCAAUCCUGAGCACUACGAAGAGAAUGGUGACCCCCAGGCCCUUCAAUCUACCCUCCCCAGUUACGGUGUCGAUCCAUUCGAUGGGGUGUGGCUGCCAGACGGCAGCGUGGUUGACGGGUGGGAAGGACAGGCUGGAUUCGACCUCAUUCGGCAGAUGCAGUGGGACGGAAUGGGUUACUUGGCAUAA